AUGGAACAUCAUCGCCUUCUUCCCCUCGUCGAUCCAAGCAUCCAUCUUCUCAAGAUUCAAACUCUGACAGCGCUUCUCAACAAAACACCCGCAUCAUCAUCUGUUUCUCCUUAUGGCAAUUCACGAAAUCAGCCGACAAGCUGA